AUGGGUAUUGAUCUCGACCGCCACCACGUGCGCAGCACGCACCGCAAGGCUCCCAAGAGCGACAAUGUGUACCUCAAGCUCCUCGUGAAGCUUUACCGCUUCCUGACCCGUCGUACCGAGUCCAACUUCAACAAGGUCAUCCUGCGCCGUCUCUUCAUGUCGCGCAUCAACCGCCCUCCCGUCUCCCUCUCCCGCGUUGCCGCCAACAUCAAGAACGGCAACGAGAAGAAGACCGUCGUCGUUGUCGGUACCGUCACUGACGACAACCGUCUCCUGACCGUCCCCAAGGUCACCAUUGCGGCUCUCCGCUUCACCUCCACCGCCCGUGCCCGCAUCGCUGCCGCCGGCGGUGAGGCCAUCACCCUCGACCAGCUUGCUCUCCGCGCCCCCACUGGUAGCAACACCCUGCUCCUCCGCGGUCCCAAGAACGCCCGUGAGGCCGUCAAGCACUUCGGCUUCGGUCCCCACAAGCACAAGAAGCCCUACGUCGAGUCCAAGGGCCGCAAGUUCGAGCGUGCCCGUGGUCGCAGACGCUCCCGCGGUUUCAAGGUCUAA